GUGAAAGUGCUUGCAUUAUUAACCCCCUUUUCAGUCCAGCCCAAUAUCAGACUUUGAAUCAACGUCAACUUCGCCAUGUCCUGUGGCUUCACCAUCACCUUUGGUUCACCCAACACUUUCCAUCCCCAUUGGCCCUUUUAUGCCAGAACACGCAGUUUAUCCGCAGGAGCAGCUUGCAGUCUGCAUGGCUCCUCCUCCGUACUCAGUGGUGCCUCCACCCACAGAGCAGUUGCCCUUCUUUGCGAAUUCAUCAAUUCCUUCACAUGUUGAGCAUCCGAUACUCCUACCUUCGCAUAUCAAACGAGAGGAACCCUUGAAUGCCAUCUCUAUCGAAGAAAUUGUGCAAAUGGUAGUGAAAGCAAUGCAGAUGAAAAGCACAGGAUUAGUCGAAGAGAGGGAAAGCCCUGAGGAGGUUUUGCGAAGGAAAAGGCAACAGGUGGGACUUUCAAAAAGUGUGGAUGAAAAAAAAGGGGGUGUUAUCUUCUAUCUAAGCUGA